ACAUGGAGCGCUAUGGACACAGUCUACUCGAAUCAAGUAGGAAUCUAAAGUAAAGACAUAAAUAUUUCUCCAGUUUGGAAACAAACGAUUUUAGAGACCGAGAGGAAAGCAAGGGUGGCCCGUUGAGGAUGGAGUGUGCAUUUGACGCACAAAAUCUGAUCUCCAUUUCUUUGAGGAAAAUCCAAAGCUCCAGGACGCAGAGAGGAGGCAUAAAGCUCCACAAGAACUUACUGGUAACGUACGUACUGAGAAACGCCAGGCAGUUUUAUAUGAGUAAAAACUUGUCGCAAAUGCAGAGGACUCAUCAGUAUGAGGAUGUACCCGCAGUCCAUGAAAGGCAAGAAUACAUUGAAUUGACUGGGAGCUUUACUGAGUUGGCCGAUGACUUCUACUGCAACUUUACUGGGGUUGAGUCGAGUACUUGGCACUGCGGAGCGCACCAGCCCAACGGCCAGCCUGCAGAAGUGGCGCACCAAGACGCAUCCUCCUGCGCAAUGGUUUCACCAAGUGACUCUGAUCUUAUGGUUUCGGAAGCCUGUUGGAGUUGUGCAGACAAAUCCUCCUGGGAGUUACCGAUCCCAAACACACAAGUAAACCAAAAGACUGUCCUUGAUUUGGACACGCAUGUAGUGACUACUGUCACGAAUGGAUACUUCCACUCAGACUGUUGCGCGCAGCCAAAACAGCCGCAGGGCGCGCAGUGCUACACCAAAAAGCGAAAGAUGGACACAAGUUUUCAUAUUGUUGAUCCAGAGUUUUAUUUGCCAGACUUUGGACUAGUGCCAUGUAAAAGGAUGAGGUCUGAUGAUGAUUCACAAUCAGACUCGGACCAGCCGGACAGCACAAACAUCUCUAACCUGAUCUCAGUGUUGGGUUCAGGUGGACUAUCUGAGUUUGUGAGCUGGCAGCAGACGGACCUUGAGCACAUAUUCACCGCUCAAACAAUUUGUCUAAAACAUUCACUGUUUACAGGCAGUGGUUGGACCAGAGCAAUUGAAGCGUUUUGAUUUAUAUGAUUGUUUUUCUUUGUAUCGUUUUAUUUUAUUGCUUUCAAAUAAACCAUGACACGACUGCAGUUCUCUCUCUCCUCUUAUUGAAAAAUGUUGAAGAAAUGUGACUACGCUAUAUGUAGCAAUUAUAUCCGUCUUGGACUACUUUUGCACAUAAACAUUCUUUGUGCCAAUUAACCGAAAUUCUUCAUACAUUAUACAACUGUAUCUUUCAUUUAAGCCGUAUUUCCUUCUGAUUCUGUUGGGGUAUAGGAGUCUGUCUUUGGUUUGUAUUUCCUGAAGAAAUGAGUUAACACUGUUUCUCUGGGAAGAUGUUGGACGAGCUCCAUCAUGUGGCUACUAAAGAUCUGUACAGCUUCAUGCAUCAGAUCAAUGCAGAAUAUCAUUCUGUAAAUGUAUUAUUGAUAUA